GUGGCAGAUUGGUUUGCUAAGCUUUGGCCGUUUCGAACUAUUGGACCAACUAUACCGUCUAUGUAUUUAGAUAAACAACUUGAGGAUGACAAAGACUACGGUAUCAGCCUCUUUAAGCCAAACAAUGAUUUUUACAUGAAUUGGCUAAAUGACAGGCCAAAAGGAUCAGUUGUAUAUGUUUCAUUUGGAAGCCUGGUAGAUCUUAAAGCAGAGCAAAUGGAAGAACUAGCUUGGGGGUUGAAGAGGAGCAAUUGUUAUUUCCUGUGGGUGGUAAGGGCAUCGGAAGAAGCUAAACUCUCCAAGGAUUUCGCAGAAGAAAGUUCAAAAGGUUUAGUGGUGAGAUGGUGUUCACAGUUAGAGGUUUUAGCACACGAGGCAGUGGGAUGCUUCGUUACACACUGUGGCUGGAACUCUAGUUUGGAGGCUUUGAGUUUAGGUGUCCCGAUGGUGGCAAUGCCUAACCGGACAGACCAAAGCACCAAUGCAAAGUACAUUACGGAUGUUUGGAAGAUGGGAAUUAAGGCUCCGGUAGAUGAGAAAGGGAUUGCCAGACGGGAAAUAAUAGAGAGUUGCUUGACCGAAAUAUUGGAGGGGGAGAAAGGGAAAGAGAUCAAAAGCAAUGCUUGUAGAUGGAAGGAAUUGGCCAAAGAAGCAGUGAAUCAAGGUGGAAGCUCAGAUACAAACAUUGAUGAAUUUGUGGCUACUUUGCAAAGGGCUACUGUAUCUGAUAGCUGUACUAUGGAAACUGGCAGUAUAGACAAGGCAGCCGCAGAAAGCAUCGAACAAAUAUCAGACGAACAAUCUAUUGAAAGUGUCCUUGUCUUUCUCAUCAAAGACUUGUCUAGAAAGAUGGUAUGUAAGCAACUAUCACAUGAACAAUCCAUUGAAAGUGUCUCUGUCUUUCUCAUCGAAGACUCGUCUAGAAAGAGGACAUGUAAAUGUCAGGAAUCUUGA